ACUCUGACACUUCCCGUGUGGAUCAUGUUCGCUUCGAACACCCGCGCUACGACACACCCCGUUUGGAUCAGGUUCGUUUCGAACAACCGCGCUAUGAGAAGAUGAAACCCCCGUGCUUCAACGGGUCUGAUACAGUUAAUUGGAUAUCGCGCGUGCCGGAGGUGGUUGGCGGCGAUCCCCCAAAUCGGGUUGUUUCGGACGGCCAAAACCCUAGAAAAACCGCUGCUCCAUCCCUCUCAAUUUACUCUCCAACAAGCUCCUGCUCUCUCUCUAGCAGCAAUGGCGCCCUUGGACGAUGAGACAGCGAGGGAAGUCAUUCGUCAGGUGGAGUUCUAUUUUAGCGACAAUAAUCUUCCGAGGGAUAAUUUUUUGAUGAAAACCAUAAGCGAGAGUGAAGAUGGAAUGGUAAGCUUGUCAUUGCUUUGCUCAUUCUCUCGAAUGAAGGGUCACUUGAGUUUAGGAGAUGUGAAACCAGAAGAUGUAUCAGAAGUUACGGUUCAGGCCGUGGCUGAAACGCUGAAGACCUCCACUUUUCUGAAAAUUUCUGACGAUGGGAAGAAGGUUGGUAGAGUUACUGAACUUCCAAAGCCCGAGGAAGUGAUUAAGCAAGCAGAUGACAGGACAAUUGAUGCAUCUCCACUGGCAUAUGAUGUCAAGCUUGAACAAGUAGAAUCAUUUUUCAGCCAUAAUGUCAAGGUACAUAGUGUGUGGUUGCCUCGACAUGCUGCUGAUAACAGGUUGCUCUGUGGCACAACCUUGAUUGAAUUCUCUAGUGCGUUUGUGACAUUCCUCGAAGGGAAGAAGGUUUUUGUGCCAUUCAUCGAUAUGUCAUCCACGGCAGGUAUCGAGCCUCACUCGGUGAAUGUUUAUGGGAAUAUUGAAGGAAGUCGUUCAAUUAUUCGGUGGGCAUUUGAUCCAGGGGGAGUUAUCUCGCCAAAGCUGUUGUUUCGGACUCUCUUCGUUGUGUCGUGGUUCCCACCUUGA